AGAACGCAGCCUAUGUCCGCGACCGUACGUACCCUGUAUCGGAAGUCCGAUAUUGCUUUUGAAAUAUCGAUGCACAAUAAUAUUGAAAAGAAAAAUAUCGAUACAAAAUAUCAAUAUUUAGAUCCAAAAGUAUCGAUAUUUUAAAAUAUCGAUAUUGGCGGUUGCUAGUUUACAUUGGAAAUUAUUAGAAACAGUUAUAAAAAAAUCAAGAGUCGCAAGUACUUCAGUGAAGCGGUUUUUACAAAAUAAUCGCUGAGAAGUUCAAAUUCUCUUAUUAAUUAUUUAAAGACACAUACAUUUUGAAUAAUUUAUUCAUUCGAAUUAUGGCAGAUGAAAUGAAUCCGAGAGCUUAUCCUCUCGCCGACACUACUCUCACUGUGAAAAUAUUAAAUCUGGUGCAACAAGCUGUAUUGUACCAGCAACUACGAAAAGGGGCUAACGAAUCGACGAAAACUUUGAAUCGUGGUUUGUCAGAAUUUAUAAUUAUGGCUGCAGAUGCAGAGCCAUUAGAGAUUUUAUUGCAUCUGCCGCUUUUAUGCGAAGACAAGAAUGUUCCUUAUGUGUUUGUACGGAGCAAAGAGGCUCUAGGCCGAGCCUGUGGAGUCUCUAGGGCAGUAGUGGCUUGCUCCAUAACAAAUAAUGGAAACUCGCAAUUGACGUCACAGAUUGGUAUCAUACAUCGGGAGAUAGAACGUCUUCUAUAGUUUAAGUUUAAAAUUUGUACCUGAUUGUUGUACUUCAUUUUUCAUGAUGUGAACUAGUUGAUUGCUAUCCAUAUUUUCCCUUGUAUAUACAGAUAUCUGGUAAUGUUUAUAUAAAAUACUGAUUAUAAAGAGAUGCUAAUGAAGUAAUUUUUUAUAUAUUCU